CGACUAUGCUUUGAUCACGGCCAUGAUUGAGCGAUGGCGACCGGAGACGCACACUUUCCAUCUUCCCAUUGGCGAGGCCACCAUCACACUCCAGGACGCAGAGAUUUUAUAUGGCCUGUCCGCUGAUGGCUUGCCUGUUUUACUCCCUACGACCAUGAGAUAUUAUCCGCGGGAGGCAUAUUGGGAUAUGCUGCACAUGCUCACUGGUUUCAUGCCGGAGGGCCAGGAGGUAGCGUCUGGGGUCAGUCGCAUACAGUUAGUCCCCAUUAGAGACCACCUGGUGCAGCUCCACGAUACUAUCACCGACGAGUCAGCGGAGGUGGAUGUGCAGCGAUACACGAGGCUGUUGCUGCUCCUUCUAUUUGGGGGGGGUCUUGUUCCCGAACACUUCGGGGAACCUAGUGAGCCUCCGUUUUCUGCAUCAUAUCACCCGGUUCGAGGAUACAGCCAGCUACAGCUGGGGUGGUGCUGUCCUCUCAUUUUUGUACAGGCAGAUGUGUCGGGCUUCCAUGGGCACACAGAGAGACGUUUGUGGCUUCCUGCCGCUUCUACAGGUUUGGGUCUAUGAGCGAUUUCUGCAGCUUCGGCCACCUCUACCACAGCUACCGGCUAAUGUAGACAUUCCGAAUCUCCCUCUAGCUUGUAGGUGGGUUAUGCGUCGUAGACUUGAACGAGAGUAUGAUGCCCGUCAUAAUCUCCCCCGCAUCAGGGAUGUCUUGGAUUUGCUGGAGGACGCACAGUUCAUCUGGACGCCGUACAACGAGGAGGUGAUCGGUACCCUGCCAGCGUAUUGUACGUUCGACCGACAUAUUUGGAGGGCUUCUGUCCCUCUCACAUGCCUCGAUAUUGUGGAGCAUCAUGCCUCAGAGCGGGUUUUUCGUCAGUUUGGCCUGCCGCAGCCUAUACCGACUCCGCCUGCAUGACAUCUUUUACAUUAUGAGAGGGAUGAUCGGUCUAGGGUGGACGACACAGUUAUUGACUGGCUUAACGCCCAGCUGGCUAUUUGGGACAGGCGAGGUGACUUAAACCCAACUCCGCAGCACUUUCCUAUUGAAGGUUAUAUGGCAUGGUACCGCACUGUUUCCCGACUUUUUAUCGGGAACCCAGUUCAUCAGGCAGAAG